AUGAAAUCUUCCAUGCUAGAGUGUGAAAGGGCUGGGGCGGAAGCUAAGCAAGCCCACGAGACCGUCACGAGCUUGGAAGGGCAAGCCGACUUUGACGCACAACAGGCUUGGAAAGAAACUAUCAGGCGCACGCAAGAAUUAAAUGCCAGCGCCGAAGCGCAGAUCAUGGGCGAGGCACAAAAAGAGCUCGCACGUGCCGUGGAGGGGGCAGGAAAGCACGAUAUCGAGGCGGCAGAGAAGGCAGCUCGAAAUGUGGGAGAGCUCGUGAAGGAAGCCGAAUCGCGCAAAGUAGAAGCCCAGACGUACCUCGAGCAAGCAACCUUCUGUGCCCAAGCCCCUCAUGCGGUGGUGAUGCCGGGAAGUCCCACCGCCAAAAAUUGGGUCAUUGCUGACCAAAAGUGCGGCGUGCUUCGCGUAAAGCACGAAGCCUGUCAAUUGUUGAAUACGGUUCCCGCCGGCCAGCCGCUGAACAUCGUCACGAUUCUGGGAGCCGCCAGACGCGGCAAGUCGUUCCUGAUGAACGCGCUAACGGGACACGACGACCUGUUUCCUGUGUCGCCGAAUGUGGCGCCGUGCACAGCGGGGGCUGACAUCUCGCCUUUCCUCGCGUCUCUUUCUGACUUCGAGCGAGCUGGCGGGAGUCAAACGAGCCACAUACCACCUGUUACCCCCAAACCAACGAUCGCGUUCGUGGACAUGGAAGGCCAGGGUGACAAGUCCAAUGAACAUGGCGUGCGCCUUGCAACGACCUUCUUGGUGGUGUCAAAGGUAGUAAUCUACAACUGGAUGUUCUUGCCCAACAAGACUACGAUGCUGCAGGAUCUGCUGGUCAUGGUCAAAGCCGCCGAAAAGGUGGUGAAUGGAGAGGGCAAACGGGAACACGCCUUCGGCCACCUCAUCAUCCUCCUGCGUGACGUGACCGGCAGGGCCGCAGAAACCGAGGCUUUCGUCAUGGGAAUCGAGGACACGGAAGACCUUAGUUUCGAAGCCGCCAAGGACGGGGCCGAGAGAAACCUGAUCCGCACCACGCUGAAGAAAGCGUUCGAGAGCAUCACUUUCCAUACGAUGCCCAGCCCUCAUGCUAACAUCGAACGUGGGGCCGUGCCCCUGUCGGCGGUUACGCCCGAGUUCAGCGCUUCUCUCGGCCAGCUGAGGCGCAUCAUCGCAGGCUAUCUGGCGAGCUCCCAUACCUUCGCCAAGAAGGAAAUAGCGGGCGGACAGCGCAUGAAUGACAUCGUGGGGGGGCUGUGCAAAUCCAUCAACGAAACCGGGAAAAUAUGUCCUCCCAGUGUGCUCGAGGCAAUCGACAUUGCGCGGGUUGACCAAGAAGUCCAACGCGCCCUCGUGGAGUUCGACAAGAUGCUUGGAUCAACGUUUGGUGGCCACUUCGCUCUUAGUACUCUGGAGACAAACACCGCACUUGAUGAAGCUCGCAAGCACGUCCUCCAGCAGUUCAGCGUGGCAUCAGAGGGGAUUUCAGUCGGCAUCGUGGAAGACGCGAAGAAGGAGUUGGAGGACCGGGUUUCCCCCAAAGCUGAGGUUGUAUCUCGUAACCAAGAAUCGAAGCGGCACGAACUCAAGAGCAGGAUGCGAGCAAUAGCGUGCGGACAUGAGGCGAACGUCGCCGAAAAGGCCAGAGCGUUCAGCCUUCCUUUGGACCAGAAUGUUCUCGAGGAUCAGUGGAACCAGCUUGUGGCCUCACAUUUCGGCGAGCUCGAGCUGGACAUCAAAAGUCUCGUCACCGAGAAUACGCCUACGGGAGGCGAAUUUGUCCGCACGGACCUCCUCAAUGAGCUAGGCUGGGCCGAUACGAGAAAGGAUUUCAAUGACCUCGUUAAGGGUGCGCACCUCAGCCUUCAAGAGCUCAACCGGGCCGCGGCCGCUGGUAAAGAUGACCGCGAGGCCAGGGAGAAAGCAGAGCAGAAAACGGCGGAGCUCGCCGAACAGGCCGAAACGUUCAAGAAAGAGGUCCAGGUCGCACUCGACGAAGCCAAGGAAGCCAAAGCGGCGGCGGCCGAAGCUCAAGCCAGCGCGGCUCGGGAGUCCCAGUCCCAAUCGAGCGCAUUGAUGAUGAUGCUGGCGAUGAUGGGAGGCGGGGGAGGGUUCGGUGGUGGUGGCAUGGGGGGAGGGACCCCCGCGAUGGGAGGGGGGUACCCUGGCACGGGAGGAAUGGGUGGGGGAAGCCCGUAUAUGGCCGGGGGGGGGUAUGGUGGAGGAUCCACUCUAACCUUUUACCCAGGGGGACAGUUCGUCCCCGGUGGCGGAAGAUCCCCUGCGGGCGGGGGAUAUUUCUAUCGGCAAUAG